CCGCGAGAACAGAGACACAGAGGGGCAGAAGAGACCGGGAGAGGGGUCCAGCUGGAACUGGAGGGGCUUUGGUGGGUGAUUUGCACUGGAUCUGCUGACCAUCUCUGAAGAAGGACCCUGCGUGAUGUGUUAAGAGCUGAAGGUUGCCCGCUGCUCUCACCCUCAUGCCCACUCAUGGCAUCUCCUGCACCCCCUCUGCUGCUCCUCUCUGCCCUGCUGGUGCUCCCGGCUUUGGGACUGGAGAUGAUCAACAGGUUCUACUCUCCCCAACUUACCAAUAACUUUGCCGUGGAUGGAGCGGGCGGCAGGGUGUACCUGGCAUCGGUCAACCGGCUCUACCAGCUACAAGGAGACCUACGGCCGGAGCUAGAGGAGAUCACCGGACCGGUGCCGGACUCCCCGCUGUGCCAUGCCCCCCAGAUCCCUGAGACCUCCUGCGAGUUCCCCAGGACCCUCACCCCAAAUUAUAACAAGAUCCUGGAGCUGGACUUGGAGCAGGGCUUUCUGCUGGUGUGCGGCUCGGUGUACCAGGGGCUGUGUGAGCUCAGGGUCCCGGGUAACAUCUCCCAGCUGGCAGUGCCCUUCCCACCCCGCAGUGUGGUGCCCAGCAUGCUAAACAUCGCUGCCAACCACCCCAACGCCUCCACGGUGGGGCUGCUCAUCCGAAACCCGUGGGGGGACACCAGGCUCCUGGUGGGGGCCACGUACACCGGCUUUGGUAGCCAAUUCUUCCCUUGGAACCAGAGCAUUGUGGAUCAUCGGUUUGAGAACAGCCCGGAGAUCUCCAUCCGUGCGUUAAACGCGCGUUCGCCGGCGCAGCUCUUCACCUUCGAUAUUAGCCCAUCGGACGAUAACAUCUUCAAGGUGAAGCAGAGCAGUAAGAGCCGGCACCGGCUGGUCUUUGUCCGGGCGUUCCAGCAGGGGCCCUUCGGAUACCUGGCUAUGAACGUAGAACCUGCACCCGCGGGGAAGGAGAGCCGCCCCAGCAGCGUCCUAGCGCGGAUCUGCCUGAAGCCCGAGCCGCGGGGGGAACCGCGCAAGCUCACCGAGUCCUACAUCCAGCUGGGGCUGCGCUGCGAGGGGCCCCGGGCCACACUCUUUGGCAGGGUGCUAUCAGUGUUUGCGGAACCUGGACGGAUAUUCGGCGUGUUCGAGGGCAAGAAGGAGGCGGCUGUGUGCGUGUUCGGGCUCCGCCAGGUCGGGGAGGAGAUCCGCGGAGCCCGCAGGCGCUGCUUCGAGAGCCAGGACCAGGGAGAUGUGUCCGUUCUGGACAGCGUGGUGCAGGGCAGCGGCCCCAGCUGUGAGCGCAGGAACAUCAAGCUCCAGGACGAGCAGUUGGACUGUGGAGCUGCGCAUCUUCAGAACCCGUUGGCUAUCAAUCGCCCGCUCUCAGCCACGCCAAUCUUUCAAGCCCCGGGACUGACAUCUGUGGCAGUGUCAAGUGUUAAUGGCUACACCGUGGCAUUUUUGGGAACAGCCAGUGGCCAGCUUUUGAAGAUAAACUUGAAUGCCAGCUUGGCCAUAGUGAGCAGACAGUCCAUUACGAUAGCCCGAGGACAACCUGUUCACCACAUCAUGCACUUUGAUCCAGUGGAUCCCACCUACCUCUACGUGAUGACCUCAUAUCAGAUGACCCGAGUGAAGGUGGCAGAAUGUGACAAAUUCAAGACGUGCACAGACUGUAUGGAGGCAGCGGAUGUGUACUGCGGAUGGUGUACCAUGGAAGCCAGGUGUUCCCUGCAGCAGGAAUGUCAGGGAUCUGAGGAUUCCAUGUUCUGGACCAAUCCAAGUACAGGAGGGGUAAAGCAGUGCCCUUCAAUGACAAUCAUCCCUGGUCAAAUUGAUAUAGCUUCUGACACCAAGUCAAUAAUUUUGAACGUCACUGGAAAUCUCCCCAACCUGAUACAGAUGAACGUGUCAUGUGACUAUGGCAAUGAUGAGCUCAUGCCGGCAAUCGUUGUGUAUGAUGCCACCCAACAAUGGGUUUCCUGCUCCUUCCUCCCUUCUGACAAAUUCCCAGAAUUUCCAUCAAACCAAGAUUAUGUGACAGUUGAUGUUGCUGUGACAGUUGGAGGAGUUCAGAUCACUCAGAAUAGCCUUGUCAUCUACGACUGCAAGAGAACCCAGGCUGUUCACCCCAAGACUCCGUGCACCAGCUGCUUGACUUCUCCCUGGCCGUGCACAUGGUGUUCAACCGAUCACACAUGUCUCUCCAAAACUUCAAAAUGUGAUACUUUGGUCAAGAACGACGACGAAUGUCCGGUGAUAACCACCUCACGUCUUCCCCCAACGCCCACCGGGGCCGCCAAAGAUUUCACGUUGACGCUGUCUAAUGUCAAUAACUCUCAGGAACUCGAUCUGGAAUGUGACUUUGGAACGGAGCGGACGUUCUCCGCCAGAUGGAUAAAUUCCAGCGCUGUCCUUUGCAGCGACGUCACGCUACACACAACGGAACGGAGCCAGGACUUCCCAGUUAAUCUACAGCUGGGUGGGCAUUACGGACAAUUCAUAGACAACCCAGCAACGCUGAGCGUGGAAGUCUAUAACUGCGCCUCGGGGACCUCCGACUGCUCGCGCUGUCAUGGACGCAGGGACCUAGGGCACUUUUGUACCUGGAGUGAGAGCAGCGCCUCCUGUCGGCUGAACAGUGAGCUUCAGACCGUCCUGGAAGCCUGUCCGGCCCCAGAGAUCAGAAAGAUAGAGCCGGUGAGCGGACCUCUUCUUGGAGGAACUCUUCUUACUAUUCAAGGCCGGGACCUUGGCAGCCGGUUCAGUGACAUUGAUGGAAAGGUCAACAUUGGAGAAAUACCAUGCUCCCCCAUACCAGAAAGAUACGUAGUAUCCGAGGAGAUCGUAUGCGUAACCAGCAUGUCCACAAAAGUGUUCAGCGACUUGGUGACCGUCAAUGUCAAUGGAGGCGGACAGUCCAAGGAGAAAUAUACUUUCAUGAUGCCAGAGGUAUAUUCCAUUACCCCAAAUUUUGGUGCCGAGGCAGGAGGUACCAAAGUUACCAUUUCUGGGAAGAAGCUGGACAUUGGAAAGGAGAUCCGCGUUCUGUUCAACGAGACCCUGGAGUGCAGAGACCUUGUGCGCACAGAAAGUAGCAUCCAGUGCACGGUUCCAGCUAUGGGAAGCCUUCCCGACAGUAACGUCCAAGUGUGUGUUCAGUUUGAAAGAACGUCUUGUAUCAACAGCGAACUUAGCUUCCAGUACCACGAGAACCCCGUUAUUACAAGCAUGGACCCCAGAAUCAGCCCAAUGAGCGGCGGUCGGAUUAUCACAUUAAUUGGUGAAAGAUUUGAACUGAUUCAAGAAAUGACGAUGAAGAUACGGAUCCCAAAAGCCGUACAGACAAAUUGCACGGUCCUCAGCUCAACCAUGAUCACCUGCCCAUCCCCUCCUGCCCCAAACAGCACCCUUGAAAACAGGAAUGUCAGUUUGGACUUUAUUGUCAAUGGGGUGUAUUUGUCAGAUGAGGAACUUGAUCAGGAUCUGGCUGCUGAAGAGACCGUGUAUGUUGGUAGCAAGUUCAGCCUGGAAUAUCAGCCAAAUCCUAUGUUCUUCACGGCCAAGAAAGAAAAGUUGAUAAAGCAUCACGUGGGGGAACCACUGACGCUGGUGAUACACAAAGAGCCGGACAACUUGGGUCUGAGAGUGGAUGAAUACCAAGUGAAGGUUGGACAGAUACCCUGCGAGUUAAACUUCAUCUUCAACGACAAAGUCAUUCACUGCAGCAUCAAUGAAUCUCUGAGUUCUUCGGAGCGCUAUCUACCUGUGACGAUACAAGUUGGGAAAUUCAACCAGACCAUCACCACUUUGCACCUGGCUGGGAUUGACACAUCUAUUAUUAUCUCAAUCGUUAUCUGCAGUAUAUUGUUACUUCUUUCCGUGGUCGCUCUGUUUGUGUUCUGCACCAAGAGCCGAAGAGCCGAGCGUUACUGGCAGAAAACAUUGGUUCAGAUGGAAGAGAUGGAGUCCCAGAUUCGAGAGGAAAUCCGGAAAGGAUUUGCCGAGCUUCAGACAGACAUGACGGACCUAACCAAGGAAUUAAAUCGCAGCCAGGGAAUCCCCUUUUUAGAAUACAAGUAUUUUGUCACACGUACAUUCUUCCCAAAGUCUUCCUCGCUGUAUGAAGAACGUUACAUUCUACCAACGCAGAACUUUAACUCCCAGCUGGGGUUCCACGUGCAGGAGACGCACCCGCUGCUGAGUGGAGAGUGGAGGGUACCGGAGAACUGCCGGAGCAACAUGGAGGAGGGCAUUUCUUUACUGAGCACCCUGCUCAACAACAGGCACUUUCUGAUCACUUUCAUUCACGCGAUGGAGCUUCAAAAGGACUUUGCUGUCCGAGACAGGUGUAAUUUGGCAUCUCUGCUCACCAUCGCGUUACACGGGAAAUUAGAGUAUUACACCAGCAUUAUGAAAGAUCUUCUGGUGGAUCUCAUUGACUCGUCGGCUUCCAAGAACCCCAAGCUAAUGCUGCGCAGGACGGAGUCGGUGGUGGAGAAGAUGCUGACGAACUGGAUGUCUAUCUGCAUGUACAGCUGUCUAAGGGAGACCGUGGGUGAACCGUUCUUCCUACUGCUGUGCGCCAUAAAGCAACAAAUCAACAAGGGGUCCAUCGAUGCCAUCACGGGGAAGGCCAGAUAUACGCUGAACGAGGAGUGGCUUCUCCGGGAGAACAUUGAAGCCAAGCCCAUGAAUCUCAACGUGUCCUUCCAGGGCUGCGGCAUGGACUCCCUGAGUGUGCGGGUGUUGGACACCGAUAGCGUGAGCCAGGCCAAGGAGAAGAUCUUAGAGGCAUUUUGCAAGAAUCUGCCCUUCUCGCAAUGGCCCCGAGUGGAGGAUGUGGACUUGGAAUGGUUUCCCUCCAGCUCCAAGAGCCUUAUCCUGCGUGAUCUAGAUGACACGUCUCUCAUGGAAGACGGGAGGAAAAAACUUAACACGCUAAAUCACUAUAAGGUUUGUGAUGGCGCCUCCCUGGCCAUGAGUCUCAAGGACAAGAGGGAUAACACUUUGGGGAGAGUGAAGGAUCUGGACACAGACAAGUACUUUCAUUUAGUGCCCCCAACCGAUGAUUUAUUCGAGAACAAGAGGUCUUACAGACAGAGUCACCGGAAAAAGGUCCUACCGGAGAUCUACCUGACACGGCUGCUGUCCACAAAGGGAACAUUGCAGAAAUUUCUGGAUGACCUGUUCAAAGCUAUCCUCACCAUCCGGGAAGACCGGCCACCACUUGCCAUCAAGUACUUCUUCGAUUUCCUGGAGGAGCAAGCCGAAAAGCGAGGAAUUACUGACCCCGACACGCUGCACAUUUGGAAAACCAACAGCCUCCCACUGCGUUUCUGGGUGAACAUCCUAAAGAACCCCGAGUUCGUGUUUGACAUGGAGAAGUCGGAUCACAUGGACGCCUGCCUCUCGGUCAUAGCUCAGGCUUUUAUUGAUGCCUGCUCCAUCUCUGACAUGCAGCUGGGCAAGGAUUCUCCCACCAACAAGCUGCUCUACGCCAAGGAGAUUCCAGAAUAUCGGAAGAUCGUGCAGCGAUAUUAUCGGCAAAUCAAAGAAAUGAACCCGCUCAGUGAUCAGGAAAUGAACGCACACCUGGCCGAGGAAUUGCGGAAAUAUCGGAAUAAAUUCAAUACAAACGUCGCAAUGGCUGAAAUCUACAAGUAUGCUAAGAAAUACCGUACACAGAUCGUCACCGCCCUGGAAGCGAAUCCCACGACCAAAUGGGGUCAGCUGCAGCACAAGUUUGAGCAAGUGAUCCUUUUGAUGGAGGAUGAUAUUUAUACAAGUAGCAGCGAGGCAUAGGAGGCAAGCAGGGACGUUCCAACUCAUGGAAACUACAUAAUAAACCCCAAAGCCCCUCUCGGCUCCGCAAGCUCCGGCUCCUGUUGGCGUGGUGAACGACCCAACAACACCUAUUAAUCUGAACCGCAGGAAACCAUUAUACCAAGGCAGAUGCCACAUAAAAUAAACGCAAUGACAGCAGGAUGCAGCACUUUUCCAGGACCCCGGGGCAAGUCAAGAAAAAAAAAGAGAUACACGCCAUGCCAUUUAUCUUUAAAUGAACUCCUUAAUUUACUGUUCUUCUGAAGUUCUAGUCUUGGAGGCUGAUGACCACAAAUCCUCACUUGAUUUAACGCUUGAUGUUCUGUAUCUAGCUUGAAAGGGCUGUACACUAAAUUUUAAAGUUCAGCUAAGUUCAGCUGGUUGACGACUCCUUCCUGCCAUCUGGGAUUCUGAAAAAGUAUCUCCAACCAUCAUACCGAAGUCAUUAAGACGUCCAGAAAUCAGCAUUGUAUUUGGAUACCAGGAAAACGUGUGCUAUAAGCCAAACUGGGCAAGAACUGAAAUGGGGACAAACACCUUCUAAGCCACAACUCACAGCCUUAGUCUCAAUAAGUCGUAUACCUUGCCAGGGUUGCGUCUACAGCAAACUCGCAAACAAGUCAACUUGCGCGGCUCCAGCUGUCCUCCGGUUCCCGUAGCAUGAGCUGCUAUAGAGCUACAGGUCGGCUAACUGCAUUAGAGCGCCACGUGCGCUGGGAGUGCCUUAUCGAGCUAAAUCUCAGGAUAAAGGGAGACCGCAGAAGCUGGCUGUUACCAGAUAAAUGAUACAAUGUAUUCCUUAGCUUGUGGUAUUAUAUAUAUAUCAGAUAUGUAAUAUAUCACCCUAAAUGUAAUUUUCAGCAUAUCGUAAAGGCUUGAUUAUAAGCCAUUCAGAUCGCUGAUCAAUGACCCCGGUGCCGAUCUGUAAGGGAUUCACAGGCUGCUAGACCCUUGUCACGCAGUAGGGUCGUCUAGGUAGGUAACUUCAUACCGUAACCUCAUGCGUUAAUGAAUUAUGAGUUUAUUGGGCACUUUUCCUGCUUUUUGGCACCAGGGAGGUUAAAGGUGCAUUGAUUCAUCUGGAGAGAGAAACAUAACCAUGAUUUAAAAAAGAAAGUUCUAGCACUGAUCUGUUUACCGAAGGCGCUGAAAACGACCCAAAGACUAACAA